AGGUCCGGUAGCACAGCGAGCCUGCCUCCGUGGAGCUAAUCAGAACAAGAAGAGACUCUGAAGAGGCAGCACCUUCGACCAUGGACACUCUGCUGGGGUCACUGACCUCAGUCUCGCUCGUCGGCGCCCUGCUGGCCCUGCUCCUGGUCUACCUCUCACCAUGGUCCUGGUCCAAGACUAAAAAGCGGGAGCCGCCCGGUCCAAGGCCACUACCCCUGCUGGGCAACCUGCUGCAGCUGGACCUGAAGGGACCUCAGAACACCAUGAUGAAGCUUCACAAGGAGUUUGGCUCGGUGUUCCAGAUCCUCCUGGGUCCCAAAAAGGUGGUGGUUCUGGCCGGUGUGCAGACCCUGCAGGAGGCCCUGGUGGACCACGGCGAGGAGUUCGGGCAUAGAGAUGCUCCGCGGAUCAUGCAGGAGAUAAGCCAAGGCCAUGGAGUCGUGUGGCCCAACGGGCCGUCCUGGCGGGAGAUGAAAGGCUUCUGCGUGGCCGCCCUGCAGGACUUUGGCGCCGGGCCCACGGCGUGUGAGGAGAGGAUCCUGGAGGAAAGUCAGCAGCUGGUGGCUGCCAUCAGGGAGCUGGGUGGAGAACCCUUCCAAACAGCCGGGCCGCUGACCCUCGCCGCAUGCAACGCCAUUUGUUUGGUGGUGCUGGGCCGCCGGUUCCAAUACGACGAUCCCCAGUUCGCCACCAUGGUGGAGCGCUACAGACAGGUCCCCCUGCUGGCGGGGUCUCCGUCUCUGCAGUUGUACAAUCUGUUGCCGAGUCUGGGGAAGUGGAUCAGGAACAGGCAGGAGCUUCUGGACAUCUGCAAGCAGAACCAGGAGCAGUGUGUGGAGCUGCUGGCGCCUCUGAGGGACUCGCUGGAGCCGCAGAUCAGCCGCAGUUUGGUCGAUGCCUUUCUGAUCAAGAAGAAAAACCUGGAGCAGGACUCCGGCGACACUGACAGCCACUACCACGACGAGAACCUCAACGCCACGGUGCAGAACCUGAUUGGAGCUGGAACCGAUGCCACAGGGACCACGCUGAGGUGGGCUCUGCUGUUCAUGGCCAAGUUCCCGCACAUCCAGGACCAGGUCCAGCAGGAGCUCAGCUCCGUGACUGGGGGUCGUCAGGUCCGGCUGCAGGACCGCAUCAACCUGCCCCUGAGCAAUGCCGUCAUCCACGAGACACAGAGGUUUGCCAACAUCGCUCCCAUCAGUGUCCCACACAGAACCAGUCGGGACGUCACCUUUCAAGGUCACAUCAUUGAGAAGGGCACAACCGUGAUCCCGCUGCUGACCUCGGCACACUUCGACCCUCACCAAUGGGACACGCCCCACAGCUUCAACCCCGCCCACUUCCUGGACCCGGACGGGAGGUUCGUGCUGCGCGAAGCCUUCCUUCCCUUUUCUGCAGGUCAGAGGGGCUGCGCCGGGCAGCACCUGGCCAAGUCCAUCCUCUUCAUCUUCUUCACCUCCCUGCUGCAGCAGUUCCGCUUCACGCCGCCCCCCGGUGUCUCGGAGGAGCAGCUGGACCUGAGUCCGCGGCAGCUGCCCUUCCUCAGUCCCCAGCAUCACACGCUCUGCGCCCGGCAGCUGUGCUGACACCCCCUGCUGUUCAUGUUGCGCCACUGAAAUAAAGGG